AUGUCUGACGGCAACUCUUCCACCGGCCAGUCCUACCUUGACCAGGCCACCGGCCUCGCCCAGCGUGCCGCUGGCGUCAUCACCGGCGACUCAUCCACUCAGAACAAGGGCGAAACCAAGCAAGAAGUCGGCAAAGUCAAAGAAGACGCCUCGCACACAACCGCCAAGGUUGGCUCCGUCGCGGCCGACCCCAACACCGGCGCUGUAGCCCGAGACGACCCCAAGCGCUCCGCUGGCUCCUGGGACCAAACCCUCGGCUCCGCCAAAGAAUCCGUCGGCAACAUGAUCGGUAACGAGAACCUGCGCAAGGCCGGCGAACAACAGAACGCCGCGGGCAAGGAACAGGAAGCCAAGGGCCAGCUUAAGGACUGGGGUGAGGGAAUCCAGAACCGUGCCCAGGGUGCGCUUGGUGCGGUCGGUGCUGCUGUUACUGGUGACCGUACUGAGGAGGAGAAGUACCGUGACCAACAUGAUGAGGGCAAGGUCCGUCAGCGUGGUGCUGAGGCUGAUAUGAAUAAGAAGGCUUAA